CAAGUGGCAUAUGUAUCAAUAUUUAAGCAAGACUCCUUUUAUUAAUAACAAAGGAAACCCUAUCAAGGCUGGAAAACUUAAAACAAUCAGCUCCAUAACCAGGUUUAACACAUACAUUCGCCUCUGUUACGUCCCAUUUUUGAAGGUAUUGAAGUUACUGAACAUCAUAGUUUGCAACCAUUACGAAACUUCAUAUGCCAGGUCGAGCAGAAAAGUCAACCGCACUCUACAUCUAGCGGAACUCUACAAACCAUACGUAUUGUUCGAGACGGUAUACGACGAUGCCAAUGCUGAAAACCUGCGAAUUGCAAUGAGAUCGGAAAGUGGUGCGAACGCAGAAAUGUUCGAUUUCGAUCCGAAAUCGAUUCAGUGGGAAGAAUACUUCAUCAACACUCACUUCCCUGGAAUAGUAAAGUAUGUGCUCAAGAAAUAAUUAUAAUGUUAUAUAUAUAUAUAUAUAUAUA